GCCCUUUGCGGGAGGGGGGCGUCUAUUCCUUCUCACCGAGCCACGCAGUGCACGGAGUCGAGAGAGAGAGAGGGAGGGGAAGUGUGGGGUGGGAUAGAACCGCGACGGCAUUCUUGGUACCUUUCCAAACCCUAAGACAUCCGCAGGCGCGGCGAUUUCUCAACGGCAUUCUUGCGCUCUCACCCCCCCGAGUUCUCCGAAGCCUUCGUCCGGAAGCCCUAAUUUCUCUACUCGUCAAGCCUCGACCAUCCUCUUCUUCUCCUUGCAUAUACGCCACACUGCUAAAUUUUCCCAAUCUCUUACCCUCUGGAUCGAAUCUCCAAUCCCUACCGAUGAGUCGGUCAGGGAUCAACUCCACGGUCUACCAUGGAGAAGUGUGCCUCGGAGAAGCCGAGGUAUUCCCCACCAACAACCACGCCUUCCCCUUCCCCAGCAACGAGAUACGCAUCAGCCACCUCUCUCCUCCCAGCGAGAGGUGCCCUCCCCUCUCCAUCCUACAGACCAUCUCCCCUUUCUCCGUCCGCUGCAAGGUCCAGGCCAAGUCCGCGACCGAACAAUCCCUCCUACGCCGGCUCUAUCUCUCCUGUUUCCAAGAGCAUAAGACUGCCGUGGUAGUCGUCGGAAAGGAAGAAUUGCAUCUCGUGGCCAUGCCGAGCCAGGUGCAAAAGGUCCCUUGCUUCUGGUGCUGCGCUGUGCAGGCUGGUCUGUACGCAUCGUGCCUGGGUAUGCUCAAUCUGCGGUGCCUUGCGAUCGUGUUCGAUCUUGAUGAGACGCUCAUCGUUGCCAACACGAUGAAGUCAUUCGAGGACAGAAUCGAGGCCUUGUCCCGCAGGAUCGAUGUCGAGGAUGAUCGUGCUAGGUUUUCGGGAAUGUCCGCAGAGCUCAAGCGGUACAUCGAGGAUAAGGAUCUGUUGAAGCAGUACAUAGAGAACGAUGCUGUUUCCGACAACGGGAAGAUGGUUGGCGUUCAGAAUGAGGAGGUUCCAGGACUACCUGGUGGCCAGGAGCGCAUCGUUCGGCCUGUCAUUAGGUUGCAAGAAAGGAACAUUGUUUUGACUCGGAUCAAUCCAGAGAUCCGUGAUACUAGUGUGUUUGUGAGGCUACGACCUGCUUGGGAGGAUUUGAGGAGCUAUUUAACUGCAAAAGGGCGCAAACGAUUUGAAGUUUAUGUGUGUACAAUGGCUGAAAGAGACUAUGCUCUGGAGAUGUGGAGGCUCCUUGACCCAGAAGCUCAUCUGAUCAGCUCAAGACAACUUCUGGAUCGUGUAGUAUGUGUAAAGUCAGGUUCAAGGAAGUCGUUGCAACAUGUUUUUCAAGAUGUGGUUUGCCAUCCAAAAAUGGCUAUGGUGAUUGAUGACCGGCUGCAGGUUUGGGAUGAUAAGGAUCAACCUCGAGUUCAUGUUGUUCCUGCAUUUACUCCUUACUAUGCUCCUCAAGCAGAGAUGGCCAAUACUGUUCCUGUUUUGUGUGUUGCAAGAAAUGUUGCAUGCAAUGUCCGAGGUGGUUUUUUCAGAGAAUUUGAUGAGAACCUGUUGCGGAAGAUAUUUGAAUUGUGUUAUGAAAAUGAUAUACUGGAUUUACCUUAUGCUCCAGAUGUGAGUGACUACUUGAUGUCAGAGGACACUAACGUUGUACCAAACAGCAACAGAGAUGUUCCCAUAUCAGAGGGUAUGAAUGGUUCUGAGGCUGAAAGAAGAUUAAGUCCACCGGUACACCUUGGCGAUGAGCAACAUAUGCAACAUCAAGCACAGACCUCUCUUUCCUCUUUCUCAGAUGAUGAGCUAUCAUUAUUUCAAACAUCUGCCAACAACAGAAGUCGUCUAGAUAGUGAAACAGGUCAAAUGACUCUACUGCCAUCCUCCUUAUUUAUUGGAGUGUUGCAAGAAAUUGGCCGGAGGUGUGACUGUAAGGUUGAGUUCAGGUCCGUCAUAGGCAGCAGCAAGGACCUGCAUUUUUCUGUUGAGGUUUUAUUUAGCACUGAAAGGAUCGGAAUUGGGAUGGGAAGAACAAGGAAAGAAGCUCAGUUACAAGCUGCUGAGAAUGCUCUCCGCAAUUUGGCUAGCAACUAUGUAUCAUUUAUUGCACCAAAUUCUGGAGGUGCAAAUAGAGAAUCAGAUAAUGCUUCACUUGGAACUGAAAAUGGCUUUCUACGCGAAAUUAUCAAUCCUGUUCCGGAUGAGCCAGUUAAGAAAGAAGACCUUGCAGGUGCAAGUACAUCAGAACAAAUGUCUCAGUCAAAUGACUCAGGAAGAUUGUCAUCUGUCCUAUUCGGUAUCAGAGAACUUUGUUUGGAGGGUCAAAACAUAGUCUUCCGAGAUCAAGCCCCAGCUUCCAUGACAUUAAAUAAAGGAGAGCACUAUUUUCAGGUUGAAUUAGCAGGACAAAUUUUAGGAAAGGGAGUUGGUUUGAGUAGAGAGGAGGCCAAGCUUCAGGCUGCUGAGGAGGCGCUCAGGACUCUGAAAGCAACACACAGUUCACAAAGGCAAAGUUCAAAUUCAUCAAGGUUGCCACCAGCUCUUCCCAGUAGUUCUCCAAGGAAGAAAUAAUGCAGGGGUGACAGAACCUACCAUAUUCUCAAUAUGAUAAAUAUGGAAAUUCAAUCUACUAACUAGCAGACUAGAAUUACAGCGUUGGGACUUCUCUUUUGAGUGGUUUGAAGGCCCAUGGUCGAUUUAUGUUUGUCCAACUAUCAUAGCUCAAGCAUCUCACCUUCUGAUCAAAGCAUUCUAAAUUCAACAGGAAACUCUUCCUUGGGAGUUUAAUUUCAGAGUUUGUUUUCUUGAGUGGCCAAACAAUCUGCAGCACAGUUUAUCUGGAAGCAUACUCAGUUAGGGAUGCACAUAGCGAUGUAUGGAAAUUCCUGCACAGAUUAACCAUGAGAGAGCUAACCUAAUUUCUAAUUCUCAAAUAGAGAUUUAACAACUAUGUUGUGUAAAGCUCUUUAUGGCUUGAUGUUGAGCCUGAAAGUGACUUCUGUAAUCUAGAGAUGAUGUCAGUCAAUGACGAUUUCUUUUUUUUGUACUAGA